AGUCUGCUCCCAUUUCUCUGGGUUUGGAAGGGCUUCCUGGACUCAAGUAUGAAGCUCCUUUUUGUGGCUGCUUUUGCGCUCUUUGUGCUUUCCACAUUUGAUUCUGCUGACUCCUCAGCUUAUGACAAAAUAGUUAGCCACAGUCGCAUUCGGGCUAAAAAAGAAGGACCCAAUGUCUGUGCACUCCAGCAAGUCAUGGGGACAAAGAAGAAAUACUUUAGCACUUGUCGAAAUUGGUACCAUGGGGCCAUCUGUGGAAAAAAGGCGACUGUGCUUUAUGAGUGCUGCCCAGGAUACAUGAAGCUGGAUGGCAUGCGUGGCUGCCCUGCAGUGGCUCCCAUUGACCAUGUAUACGGGAGUCUGGGUCUUGUGAUGGCCACUGCAACCCGAAACUAUGCUGAUAUUUCUAAACUAAGACCUGAAAUUGAGGGGCCAGGAUCCUUCACUUUCUUUGCUCCCAGCAAUGAGGCCUGGGAGGAUUUGGACAAUUCAGUAAGAUCUGCACUGGUUAGCAAUGUCAACGUUGAACUGUACAAUGCCUUACAUUAUCACAUGGUCAACAAACGGCUAGUGACCAAAGAUUUAAGGAAUGGGCUGACACUCAAAUCAAUGUACAACGACCUUGGUCUCUACAUUAACCAUUAUCCCAAUGGAGUGGUGACUGUAAACUGUGCAAGAAUUAUCUAUGGCAACCAGGUUGCCACCAAUGGAGUUGUGCAUGUCAUUGACCGUGUCAUCAGCAGUGUUGGCACCACCAUCCAGGAUUUCAUCGAAGUCAGUGAUGACUUGACAACUCUGAAUGACAUGGUUCAAAAUGCUGGAUUGCUUGAAAAACUGGGUUCGCCAGGACACUACACUCUCUUUGCCCCCACCAAUGAUGCCUUUGAUAAGCUUGGCAGCAAUACCCUGGAAAGACUUUUAAGUGAUAAGGAAGUUCUCAAAGCUUUGUUGAAGUACCACCUCCUGGACUCUGUCCAGUGCUCUGAGGCCAUCUUGGCUGGAACUUCUUAUGAGACUUUGGAGGGACACAACAUUGAAAUUGGCUGCGAUGGUGAAAGCCUGACAGUCAAUGGCAUCAAAAUGGUGCUCAAAAAGGACAUUGUUACUACAAAUGGUGUCAUUCAUCUUAUUGACCAAGUACUUCUUCCAGAUUCAGCUAAACAGGUAAUGGAGCUGUUGGGAGAUUCACUAUCCACCUAUGGCGACAUGGUGGCUGAACUUGGUCUUUCUUCUGAAAUGUCAGCAGAAGGAGAGUACACUUUGCUUGGUCUUCAGAAUGCUGUUUUUACUGAUGAAGUGAUGUCAAUGGAUCAAAGGGAUCUCAAACUUAUCCUGGAAAACCACAUCGUAAAGAACAAGUUUGGUUUGGGGCAACUGUACAACGGUCAGACACUGGAGACCCUCGGAGGAAAGACUCUCAGGGUCUUCAUUUACCGCACGGCUGUGUGCAUUGAGAACUCCUGCAUGAUCAGAGGAAGCAAAGAAGGAAGCAACGGGGCCCUUCAUCUCAUGGGGGCUAUGUUGAAACCAUCAGAAAAAUCCAUGUUUGAGAUUUUAACAGGACAUGGAGGUUUCAAGAUCUUUUUGUCUCUAAUGGAAGCUGCUGGGCUGACAGACCUGCUCAAAACAGAUGGAGGCUUUACUCUGUUUGCCCCCAGUGACAAAGCAUUUGCUGGUAUAAGUGACAGAGAGAUAAGCUUGUUGAAAAGUGACGUUAAUGCUCUCAGAAACAUUCUUUUGUACCACUUCAGCCAUGGUAUUGUCAUUGGUGAUGGACUGGAGUCUGGAGUGACAAACCUUCUCAAAUCUCUCCAGGGCACCAAUCUCAAAGUGAAAUCUGCUAAAGACAUUGUGCAGGUGAACUCUAUCAAACUCACAGCAUCUGAUAGCAUGGCCACAAAUGGCGUCAUUCACUUUGUCGACCAACUUUUGUUCUCUGAGGAAAUUCCUGUUGGAAACCAAGAACUCUUUACACUGCUGAGGAGACUCAUUACCUAUUUGCAAAUUAAGUAUGUUCCAGGGUACAUAUAUCAGGAAAUACCCCUCACCUUUAUGAAAAAGACCAUCACACAUGUUGUCCAUGAAGCUUCUGAAGUAACCAAAGUGACAAGAGUUAUAGAGGGGAAACCCUCCGUUACCAAAGUCACUAGGGUCAUCGAAGGCAAGCCUACAGUCACCAAAGUUACCAGGGUUAUUGAAGGUGAACCUUCAAUCAGCAAGGUCACAAGGGUUAUUGAAGGUCAACCCUCCAUCACCAAGGUCACCAGGGUUGUCUCGGGCCCUCAGUACUCCGUCAGCACUGGUACCACAAACAUCGCCCUGGAAGGAACUGACCUUUCAAAAUUUACCAUUGAAGGGGAUACCGAUUUUGACAUUGAGCGACUCACCAAAGUCAUCCAAAAAAAAAGAACUAGACCUGGAAAAGUAUUAGACGCCAACAGGAGGCGGGGAAGAAUCUGAGAGUGGACGGGUGAUAACGUCUUCCUUGAAAAGUUGGAGACAGACUGAGUCUGAAACUGAUGUCACACAGAAGAGAAAUCUAAAGUGUCAGUUCUGAAAUAAAAUGAGUUGCUGACAAAAUAAAUAAAUAAAAAACCUGUUGUCAUAAAUAUAAAUGGAAUGGUGCUUUUAGUGUAUAUAUCAUGGACCUUUAAAUUCAACUUGUGCUAGAAGAUAAAUGGAUAUUUUUUGAUUAAUUUGAUGAUGUGGAAGGUUAGGGCAAGGAAUUUUCAAGCCAGUUGACCAAUCUUAAAAACAUUUAAUUUUGUUUGUUUGGUAUGGUUUUGGUUAGAGGUAAAUUCUAAGGGAAAUAUUGCAAGUUGUUUGGAAAGGUUUAUUUUUUAACACGUUAAUGGAUUACAAGCAUUGUGCUUUAUCAUUUUAACUGUUAUUUUAUUUUUUGCCUUUUUUUGCUUUGAGUUUUUAAGGUGUUGUUUACAUUUUUGUUGGCUGAUUGUGAUAAUCGGAAUGAUGUAACCAAAUCCAGUCAUUCUCCUUUCUGUUUUCCAAACAUUCUACAAUAAAAUGCUUUUGGUUAGAUAAAUGAUGUUAGCAUGAAAAGUCAUUUCUAUGUCCUUACAAAGUAACUAGGUUGUAAGCAUUACUUCAUAAUUUUUAAGAGCUUAAAGUAUCUCGAUUGAAAUCUAAAUAUUUUGUCUUUAGUUUGCACUACAAAGUAUGAGGUGGUUAAAGUCAACUCUAACAUGUCUGAGUCAUUUUGUUCAGUGGAACAGCCAUUUGUGAGGUUAAAAGAGAGUUUGGCAGUCACAACCUUUGGAAACGCCUUGGAGGACAUUUGUAAAACAGAAAUCAAGCUGGGCUUGUAUAAAAAAAUGUUUCUUCAGAAUAGUGUCUUGCUUAUAUUUCGCAAAUAAAACUUACACUGAAAGACUAA